AGCGCGCGAGCCCAUGACCCAAUGCCAUGACCCAUUCUGUGUGCGAGCUUGCAAUGGCUUAGUAAACAAAUGGUUUUAUGAGCAGCGUCGUUCAGCCCUUACUGCGUCUACUCAAUUCUUCGCGAGUGCCGAUGGAUGAGACCAAUUUUCUAGACGACACAGACUUGGAAUCGCUGCACACAAGUGAACCGCGAGCAACGUCAACAGUUUUAUCUGAUCAGCGGAUUCGCCUGACUCGCCCAGCAUGCGGCGACAUUGCCACGAACCUCUUUCAUGAUCCCAGUGACAGCGACUCAUCUCUGGGCCUCUUAACCAGCAAUGAUUGCCUAGAUUUCAGCCUUCUGGAUAUACCUGCAAGGUUGCCAGCUGCUGAGCAGGUCGUGAUGGAGGAGAAACCUUCAAGGAGCAGCUCCAACGCAUACCUGAGGGAACGCUUUGAUGUUUCGGAGGCUGAUGUCGAUGCUCAGGCUGCACUGGGCUUUGAAGAAAGCUUCACAGAUGAUGCUGCUGAGAAAAUUCAACAGGAUGAACAACAGUUCAACAAAGAGCAUCUAUUGGAUGCCUAUGAAGAAUCUUCAUCGAUGUACUGUGGAGGUUUGCAGUAUGCUGAAAUCAGCCGCCCGUCAUGGAUGUCCAGCGGUGGGGACGACCGCGUAACCAUCAGUGCAUACCUGCGAAGUCGGUCAGCACCAGUGGACCAAAUGAUGGGAUUCUUGCGAGCACCUCCUGCCUUCGAAGAGUCUGAAAAGGAGUCUGCAUCAGCAUCUGAUCAGCUGUCCAUCCAAGACCUCGUCGAGCAACAGCUUGGACUGAGGAAGUCCACCUACAGUGAGCAGUACGAAGGCCAGUCACAAGACAGCAGUCUAUUGUCACAGCAGUCAGCGUCAGGCAUAGACCAUUCCCUGGAAGGUGCAUCCUCGAGCGGGUCGAAAAUGCUCGCCAACAAAUGUGCUGGUGCCACUCAUCUGUACACUGAAGCUUCCAAGCGGGACUCUCCGCUCUACAGGCAGGCUCAGGGGGACGGUUACUUCAAGCGCCCCCUAGGUGCAGCUCCUCGUGCAAGAGCAUCUCGGAUCUCCACAGUGUCAACCUCAUCUUCUGCGUCACAGUCUCGUUCCUCUGGCCUGGCGUCCAUGAGUACAUUGACAGCGUCACGGACUGUUUCACGUGUUUCGUCGCCUCAAAAGAAGGACAGGUCACAGCUUCCAAUCCGCUGCAAGAAGCCACCUCUUAGCGCUGGAAGUCAGAACGUUUUGCUGAAGUCCCCAUCAAGGCUUCAUCACAAGGUGUCUCCCAUUCCCUCUAAGGUCAGUCGCGGCCCCCGCAGCACAAAUGGCAGUGUCAAGCACUCUCAGCGUAAUGGUGACUCACAAAUUCAGUUGCGAAGUGUACCUCACAGGCUGUCAUCAUUCAGCAGUCCAGAUCUGAGGACGCUUAAAAGUGGAGGCAGGGACCGACAACUCCCAGUGGCAAUAAGCACAUGCAAAAGUGAUGAAAAUUUUCUUAUUCCCCAAAGAGACGAGCCCACUAUGAACAACGCUCAACUGCCAGCCAGGGAGCAGUUUGGCCAUUCCAGAAGCACUCCCAAGAACCCGGCAAGCCAAUUCUUCAGCACAGCUGGCAGCACCCAAGCACCUUCAUAUAGCCCGGUGUUCGACUCACAGUCAAUGCCAGCACCAUCAGGCCUGCUGCUUCCAGUGGACUUUGUUGAGCAUUCAAGAAUAGACCUUGGUACGAUUUGUGCUGGAGCACCACGGAAUGUUGCACUCGCGUUGGUAAAUCCAACAGGAAAAAAACAGCGCUACCAAAUCCAACAGCUUUGCUCAAGCAUUGGUGGGCACGAACCCAGGCACUUUGAGUCCGUCACCGCACAAUUUCCGGGCCAGCACACUGUGGCUGGUGGCUGUGUUGCUAAAAUUCAGGGCUCUUUCCUCUCCUUGAGUCCUGGUGCUGUAGAAAUCACGGUAGGCAUUGUGGCCAAGGACAAGGCUGAUGGUGGUUACCAAAACCUGUACAGCGUUAAUGUGGUAGCUCAGGUAGAGCAGCCAUGCAUCAUCCUGGAGCCAAGCCAGACCAUCAACUUCAAAGGUCUGCAUUUCGAUGCAGAACAAAGCAGCACAGACAGCAGUGCUAGCCAGGAAGUGAUCAUCGUCAACAAGAAUUCCUGCGCCGUGCCUGCCAUAGUUCGCAUACACGGGGGCAAAGGAGUGUUUUCUGUGAGGCUCAAGGAGUCUGAGGGCACCAAGAAGGAUCAGGCUGCUGCUACAGCGCUGCCUGUUGUUUUUCCAAGCAAAGAGGAGCAAGCUGCCACCUCCUUCAUUGUGGAGUGCUCUACGCAUAGUGCGGAUUGUCUCACUGUCCAAGCCAAAAUGGAGGUGCAGUUGGAUGGCUCUCUACUCUCUCGCAAGGUUCUGGCAGAAGUUGGCCUCUGUGCAUCAGUUGAGCCACCAUCAUUAGCACUGGAACAUGUUAGCGCUUACAAGCCCUUGGAAGUAUGUUGCGGCAGAGGACGUGCUACUAGUGUCUGGCUGCGAAAUGGUGGCCCCUGUACUCUGGACUUGGAAAUGUCUGCUGGACCACUCUUCCACGUGAGCCCCGAGAAGUUCAGGAUUCAGGCUGCGGACCACAUGGAGCUGCUUCUAAGUGCGGCAGAUUCUGCUGGAAGAAUUGGGACACAUGCCUCUGACACCAGAUGUGAAGGCAUCCUGGAAGCCACUGUCAUGCCACAGGGCUUCAAAGUGGCCCUCGUCAGCUUGGUUGGCUCCUCCGAGCAGCACACUGCAUCGAAUGUCACAGCAUUGGCUGGUGAUUCAAAGCGCAGUCAAGCCAGUGACAGCAAGACGUUUUUGACCUUGGAGAGCAACCGCAAAGUUCUGUUGUGGGCACAAAUCCACAACUUGGCAUCUGAGACAAAGACUCUGAAGAUUAGGAACCCAAAUGCAGAACCUGUAAACAUGGAGCUUUUAGUCUCCAAACCAUACAACAAGCUAUUCCAGGUGAAAGUAGCAGAAGCUGGAGAUGCAACAUCUGUGUCAUGCCAUGUGCGCUUGGAAGCUGGUGCAAGCGUUGACAUUGACGUCACCCGCACCAACCGCAGCGGCGUUGUAGCGACAGGAGCAAGCUUCAUUGAGUCAAGGCUCGUCAUCAAAAGCCACAGUGGUAGUUAUAUGGACAAUAAAAAUGUGGCAUUGUAUGCACUUGGCGGCGAGCUGAAGGUGGAGUUUCAUGGCACACACUGCCUUGGGCCAUUUCGCCACCUGAUGGACCUCAAAGCACCUUUAGCAGCAGGCGCCGUGUCAACACAUGGUUUCACUCUUGUAAACAGCGGCGAUUGGGAUGCAUUUGUCUACCUUGCAACUCCAGGCAGCCCACUCCUAGACGCUCCAAAAGAAGCUUCAGAAAAUGGUGGCCGAGGCACAAUUUCAGUGACUCCAUCCUGUUUUGUGCUACGCCGCAAGAAGUCCAAGACGGUGUCGCUGACCUACAAAUUCGGAGCCAUUGACAUGCAGCUGUGUGCCGGGGGGCAGAUUGGUACCCUGGCAGUCAUUCGGGUGCUCUUUGGCUUUGAAGCACUUCGGCAGGCAGCCAAAAGAGCAUUUUCCAAGUCCUCAGGAUCCAAGCGCCAACCAUCUGAAGUAAUGUUGCCCUUCCUUGGAUCGUUUGAGAAUGAGGGCAAAAUAGAUGAGGUCAGGGUGUCUGCAAGCCUGGUGGAGCAGGUGUUCACAAGGACCGUCUCUCAGGCAGUUGUUGCAGUUAUAGCCAGCGGUGGUGCCACAGCAGCACUUAUCCAGUCAUCCACAGCAGCCUCUUUUGCACCCCUGGAAGACCUAACCUUUCUGAGCAGACUCAGCCUCUCCGAGCUUCCUGAGUGAGGCAUUUCACUGGAGCCCUCUGUGUGCCUGUGCCCUUCAACCUGAAACAGGCUUGCCAACGUGUUAAUGCAUUUGCAUAAAUUAAGAAAACAACAGUUGAUUGAACCAAAACUGGUGUUCUUCCUUUUUGAAACACCUUGGUUGUUGUAAAGUUGUCCAUGUAAAGUUUGCACUUUUAUAUCCUUUCAACAUAACUUGGCUAAUAACAUCGAUUGGAUGGGUUAUGAAGCUAAGAAACCAAUCAGUAAUGGUGCACUGUAACAUUACACCUAGGGUUUGAUACACAGACAUAAAAACUAAAUUUUAUCUGGGGUAGGAUUAUAUAUCAAGUAGCAAUUAGAAUACUGCUUAAUGUUGCAGAAAUGCAGUAGUACGAAUACUGAGCACCAUUCCUGGUUCUUGCUUGCAUGCAAACUGAAUAGUGAAUGUAUAGAUUUGAAGAUGUUUAGUUGCCAUGCAUUUUUUCAUGAAACCCUAGGUAGUUUUGAGAUUUUAGGCUAGUAAACUUCUAAAGAAAAAGUUUAACAAUUUUUAUGAUUAUCACCAUAAUCAGUUUGGAAUAUGUCAAACAUCUUGAAGGGGCAGUGCAAGAUGACUAAGACAAAAAGCAGGAAAAACAAAGGACAGCACUGUGUCUUUCCUGCUUUUUGUCUUACUGUAUUUGUUCAAAUACAGGUCAACAUUUUUUGUGAUCAAAGAAUUUUGACCUAUAUUCAUGAUCAAAGCUAACAAGAGUACUGUGCUAACAGAUUUCCUCUAUCACGCCCUCUGUAAAGUGUGUCUGGAGAUUAUCCAGGCUGGCUUUAAGAAAUGCUCCAUACCCAAUGCACUUGACAGCACCGAUGGCGAUGUCGUUUGGGGUGUCGAGAUUGUGAAUUUCCGAUGAGGAUGCAGCUUGCAGCAUCGACUAGCAAGAUUUAGUAGCUGAGCUUACGCUAAAUAAAGGUGUCAGGCUCAAAAUAAUUCGUUUUAUUCUAAAAAGAUAUAUGGGUCAACCCAUUAUUGAAUUAUACAUUUUUUUUUAUUUCUUGGCAAGCUCAUUGUAUAGAGUCGACUUAUAUUUGUGAUCGACUUAUUUUCGAGUAAAUACUGUAGUCGUCUUGUGCUGCCUCUUUAAGAUGUUGAACUAUGGUCAUUCCAGGCCAAAUCAACCAGCGUUUUUGAGACCAUCACAGAUAUAGCUGAAAAAAUUUACACAUGUUUGCUGAAGUUCAAAAGUGGUUCUCCCCAUUCGUUUUUCUUCCCAAGAAUUUUCUAACAUUUUGGCCAAAAUUUAUUGUUCUUGCCCAGCUGAGCCAGAAGGCAUCAAAAACAUUUUUUUUUUUUUUCACGGGCACAUUGUAUGAUCCAGUCGUUCAAAUGGUGUGUAUGGAAAAAAACAAUAAAGUGAUGUGACUGCCAAAAUAACCAAUAUUUCAAAUACUUGAAUACUUGGGUGGUUUUGGCACUGGCAAAAGCUGGUAAAAUUGUGAAGUUUGCAUUUUUUUCUUGGAAUGCGGGAAAAUUCAGAAGCCACAAAGGAAAUGUAGAAUGAUCACCCAGUUGACAUAGUAUAGUAAAAAAAUAUUUGAUGCUUUGAAGGUUCAGCCAAUUGCCUGAAAAAUAACUGUAAAGUUCCGUGCCCGUGUCCCGUGCAUUGGGGGCACGUUAGAGAGCCCCAGGUGGUCUAAACUUCCGGAGUGCCCUACUACGGCGUGCCUCAUAAUCAGAUCAUGGUUUUGGCACAUAAAACCCCAUAACUUAAUUAACAGACAAAAAACUACUGAUAGUGUCAGGAAGACAAAACAAAGCCCGAAGGCACAAUACUUUCAAUUAGCAGAAAGUACCAUCUAUGUGUCGCUGUCAUCAUGGCAGUUAUAAUUAUAGUGCCUGUCACUAUACGAGUGCAAGGCACCUGAGCACUGACAAUAAGGAAGUACUGUUAGAAAAAAUAUUGUGAAUGUGAGCUGUGAUUCUUUUUUCAUGUUCAGUAUUUUUAUAACUGUACUACUAUAACAUUUUUUGCAGUGGCAUCCUUGACUAGGAAGAUGUAACAAUUCUAUUACAAUUAUUUUCCUUUUUUCACUUCAGUGGUGGUCGGAGCAGGACUAGUGAAUAUGUUAUCCCCAGGAUUGGCCAGUAAUGUGAGGUGGCUGGCAAGAAUGCAAAACGAUCAAGUGAAAGAGUUCUUUACAUUAUGUAAAUCAACCCUGUAUUUUUAAGGCAUUAUCCAUUGUUUCUUUGUGUUUCUUUCCAAUAUGGUUGCUUUCACAUGACGUUUAUAUAAACUUAUUCUGACUCUUAUGCCUUGAGCACACUAUGUGCCUGUUUUUUUCCAUUCCAUCUUGUAGCGCAAAUGUAUGUACUUAUGUCGGAUGCACGGCUGGUGUUGAUUUGUUUCUCUUCCAGCUUGCAUUUUCAGUCUACAUAUAUGUAUGUGUCACAUUGUAAAUAGUUUUGGUGCUGGUCGUACAAGUCUUGAUAUGUGUAUUUAUGAAACCUUCCUGAAGGUCCACCAGUGCUGCUAAGGUCACAGUAAAGUGCUUCUACAUCGGUAUUUUUUAAGCGAGUUGAAAGUGUGUUGUCUUCAAAGUACGUAUAGUUCUUAUAAAUGAGAAGUUUCUGAAAUAAAAUUUCAUAUGACUC